CUGCAGUUCAAGAUGUCCCCUCCCACCGUCAAACUCAACAGCGGCUACGACAUGCCCCUCGUAGGCUUCGGCCUAUGGAAGGUUAACAACGAUACCUGCGCAGACCAAGUCUACGAGGCUAUCAAGGCUGGAUACCGUCUGUUUGACGGCGCGUGCGACUACGGCAACGAAGUUGAGGCUGGGCAGGGCGUCGCCCGUGCCAUCAAAGAGGGCAUCGUGAAACGCUCGGAUCUCUUCAUCGUCUCCAAGCUCUGGAACAGCUUCCACGAUGGCGAGCGCGUCGAGCCUAUCGCGCGCAAGCAGCUGUCCGACUGGGGAAUCGACUACUUCGACCUGUACAUCGUGCACUUCCCCGUCUCGCUGAAAUACGUUGACCCCGAAGUCCGCUACCCACCCGGCUGGGAGAACGCCGAGGGGAAAGUCGAAUUGGGUAAGGCGACUAUCCAGGAGACGUGGACAGCAAUGGAGAGUCUUGUUGAUAAGGGUCUUGCGCGGAGUAUUGGAAUCAGUAACUUCAGCGCGCAGUUGCUGCUGGAUCUACUCCGAUAUGCGCGGAUCCGGCCUGCGACGCUGCAAAUCGAGCACCACCCAUACCUUACGCAGGAGCGGCUUGUGACAUUUGCGCAGCGCGAGGGAAUUGCUGUUACAGCGUACUCGUCGUUUGGGCCUUUGAGUUUCCUGGAAUUGUCGGUGAAACAGGCGGAAGGAGCACCACCGCUUUUUGAGCACCCAGUCAUCAAGGAUAUCGCAGAGAAGCACGGGAAGACUCCCGCGCAGGUGCUGUUGAGGUGGGCGACACAGAGGGGAAUCGCGGUGAUCCCGAAGAGUAACAACCCGGCAAGGCUGCUGCAAAACCUGGAUGUUGUUGGGUUCGAUCUCGAAGAUGGGGAGCUGAAGGCUAUUAGUGACUUGGAUAAGGGUCUGCGGUUCAAUGACCCUCCUAAUUAUGGUCUGCCAAUCACUAUCUUCUAAGGAUAGAAUGGGUUUCACUAUCACAUACAAUGCAAAUUUAGAAAAACACCAAUUCAUUUUCAAAAGCC